AUGACAAUAACACUACUGCUUAUCAAUUUAAUUUUAUACGUUAGGCUUUCAAACCAAAGUAUCGUUAAGGGAUAUGGACCAUAUUAUAUGCAAUCUUUUGACUCAGGUGAUGCAAAAAGUAUGACAUUUUAUGAUAUUGAUAUAUAUCCGUACCAAUAUAUCAAGAUUACUCUUUCAAGGGAUAACCCCAAAGAAACCCUGAAACCCAUUGAUGAGGGUAAAUAUUAUACCCAUCCUUACCAGUUGACACAACCUGACGAAUCACGUAAAACAGAACUCAUAAAAGAUACUGAAGCAAUACAUGUGGAAAGCGGUGAUGGACAAUACGUCAUACAUUUUGACGGUUCUAAACCAAGUUACAGAACCGUUGAGAUGUUCUUUGAGUUGUUGCUAAAUAGGGAUAGAAUUGGAAUAAUUCAAAUAAACGUAAUUCCGAAUCCAAAAUAUAUUACUAGUGAGGAUAAGAUACUUCUUGACUCCUCUGUGUAUAAAGAAUUAAAUAUUAAAAUAUAUAUGAAAGAAGUAAGAUAUACAGGAGAGACCCAAAUAUUUUGCGGGUCCCGAAGUAAUGAAUCUAAAUAUUUAGAAUCUACACCAUUUAUGAGUUAUGAUACAAACAUCAAAUAUCAAAUUUUAUCUAAACCAACUCAUGAAAAUUGGUCUAAAGAUUAUCCAUCUGUUUCUAUAAACUUAACAAACAAUGUAUUGUUUGGCCUACAUGAAAAUAUGGAAUUUCAAUGUCCAGAAUCAAAUAAUACACGAAUUAUCCUUACCAAUUUUAAAUAUGAAAAAUUUGAUGGGAUGCAUUUAGGAACCAAAAAAACAUUCGUAAACUAUGAUAAAAAAACAUACUAUUUUAUUUUCAGAAAUGUGACGGUAAUAUCAACUGAUGUUCCAAAAGAUACAUUCGAAAUAGAUUGCUUUAAAGAAUUUAGGAAUGUAUUUGGGGAAGUAGUGAAAGUAGAGGAAUUAUGUAUGGGUUCAAAAUUAUAUGAGCUUACAGAAACCAUUAAAAUUUUAGAUUUAAGUAAGUGUAAUGGAUACAAUUCAACCAAAUUGAGUUGUACUAAUAAGAAAGGAUAUGGUCCUCACGUGAUAUAUCAAACCAAACCAAUGUGUGACUUAACUAAUCCUGAUCAUCUCGAAAAAGAUGGAAUAUCCUGUACACUGUUCCUGAAUAAGGAUGCAACAGAGAUCCGUAUCCACAAGGACAAGAGUCUCUCACUCCGUAAAGGCAGGUCAAGAGCCGAGAUAUAUUAUUUGGAAGACCCAGAAUCAAUGGGACUAGAAUCAGAUUUUAAACCAAUAGCAAAAGAUAUCGUUUACUUUGAUGUAUCAGACAAGGGUGAUUAUUUGGAAUUAACCAAAAAUAGAACCCAAAGUGCUAAUAUAAACCAGGUUUUUAUUUUACUUGAAGAUGAAAGUAAAAUUUUGAAAAAUGUAGUAAGGAUAUACAUCCAUAAUGAUAGAGUUUCAGAAUUAGGUGAGAACAAUGUUAUUUGGGAACUUGUCCCUAAUUCAAGAAACAUGAAAUUUAGUUGCAGCGAUUGGGAUAAAAACUAUACGUAUGAUUCAAGUUUUUAUCCCAAGGGUAAAAAUACUGUUUAUCGUAAUGUACCAAAUACUGAAGUUGAUCUUGAAAAACUUGAGACUGUUCAGUUUGAAGAAUUGUUUGGAUCGAGUGGGAUCACCAUACUCAAAAGUCCUGAAACUGAUAGUGACCUAGAAAUAAUUUUCGAUGAAAACUAUGAAAUAACAGCUAGUCAUUUAAGACCAAUUUAUUUUAUAUGUCAUAUGACCGUGAAAGAAAAUUUUGAGGGAGCCGGAUAUAAAAAAAACAUUAUAGUUUCAAUUGAUCCAGUGUAUAAAUAUCUAAAUUAUAAAGGAUGCGGAAUAAGGGAAGAUAUAUUCGUUAAUUCCGAAAAUGUAGUUAAGAACGAUAAAAUAUUCGAGUUUGAUUUGAAAAAAGAUGAGAAUGUGAGAUUCUUUUGUCCAGACUAUGUCCCAGAACAUUUCUUGGAGGAAGACCAGGAACAAUACAAAUCAGACAAAGAGGAUGAAGACACUGAAAAUCCAUUCAAAUCAUUAGUUAGAUGUUAUGAUAGGUCAACGUUCUGGAGUAGAUUUUUCAAAUUAAAAAAUGAGGUAGACAUUCUGGAAAAAAGAACUUCCGUUUCCGAGUUGAGGUCAUUAUGGAAAUUUGAUCACGAACGGAUGAAACAGAAAGGAAUAAAUAGAGCGCUGUGUGUGUGCUAUAAUAAUAAGGGAUAUGCUAAGUCGGGUAUCUUGAUACAUACAUAGUGAGUAAAUUUUAAUUAAUUACUGACAAAUCGGAAUAAAUGGUUUGAUAUUUAAUGAUUCCACUGAGUGGAUUAAAAAAUAAUUCAAAUGAAGUCAAUAUCGAGGAUUCUCUGUCUAAAGAUAUUUGGAUUAAUGACUUGUUAGUUAUGUGGUUCACUUAACACAAUGUGUAUGUAUAAUGUCAACAGAGUA